AGAGAGAGAGAGAGAGAGAGAGCCUUAGCUACCCUCGCUCUCGGUUCGGACAUGAGCCCGGGGAUCCGGAGAUGAGGCUCCGAAAUGGCACCUUCCUGACGGUCUUGUUGUUCGGGCUAUGCGGACUGGUCUCCCUGUCCUGGUACACCGCAUUCAGCAGCUCCAAAGGUGAUGUGUUGGAUAUUUACCAGAGGGAGUUUCUGGCGCUGAGGGAGCGUCUUCACUCUGCUGAGCAGGAGAACCUCAAACGCUCCAAGGAGCUCAACCUGGUGCUGGACGAGAUAAAGAGAGCCAUCGCUGAGAAGCAGGCGCUCCGCGACAUCAACCGGACCUGGGCCAGCCUCUCCGACGAGAGCAGGCUGAAGCUGUGGAACAUCAGCAGCAGUAAGAAUGUCCUCCAGCUGCCCAGUAUCUUCCACCACCUGCCCCACCUGCUGGCCAAGGAGGGGAGCCUGCAGCCCGCCGUGCACGUCGGCCAGGGACGCACUGGAGUGUCUAUAGUGAUGGGGGUCCCCAGUGUGAAGAGGGAGGUUCAUUCCUACCUGACGGACACACUGACAUCUCUGAUGUCAGAGCUCAGCCCUGCUGAGAAGGACGACUGCGUCAUCGUUGUUCUCAUCGCAGAGUCAGAUCAGCAGUACGCCAACAGUGUUGCAGACAACCUAAAGCGCCUUUUUCCAGUGGAGAUCCAGUCAGGUCUACUGGAGGUCAUCUCUCCAUCUGUCCACUUCUACCCAGACUUUUCCCGUCUCAAAGAGUCCUUCGGAGACCCCAAGGAGAGGGUCAGGUGGCGGACCAAACAGAACCUAGACUACUGUUUCCUGAUGAUGUACGCUCAGUCCAAAGGAACCUACUAUGUGCAGCUAGAGGAUGACAUUGUGGCACGUCCAAACUACUUUACCACCAUGAAGAACUUUGCCGUGCAGCAGCCAUUGGAGGACUGGAUGAUCCUGGAGUUCUCUCAGCUCGGAUUCAUCGGUAAAAUGUUCAAGUCCUUGGACCUGUCGCUCAUCGUUGAGUUCAUGUUAAUGUUCUACAAAGACAAGCCCAUCGACUGGCUGCUGGAUCACAUCAUGUGGGUCAAGGUGUGCAAUCCGGAGAAGGACGCAAAACAUUGUGACAGACAGAAAGCCAACCUGAGGAUCCGCUUCAAGCCGUCUCUGUUCCAACAUGUUGGCACCCACUCCUCGCUUGCCGGAAAGAUCCAGAAACUCAAGGACAAGGACUUCGGGAAACAGACACUCCAUAAAGGCCACGCCAACCCCCUGGCAGAGGUGACGACCAGCCUGAAGACAUACCAGCACUUCACCCUGGAGAAGGCUUACCUGGGGGAGGACUUUUUCUGGGCCUUCACCCCCGUGGCAGGAGACUUCAUACGGAUACGCUUCUUCACCCCGGUCCGGAUCGGGAGGUAUUUCUUCAGGAGCGGGAACAUCGAGCAUCCAGGGGAUAAGCUCUUUAACACGUCUGUGGAGGUCCUGCCGUUCGACAAUAUCCAGGGCGAGAAAGAGGCCUUGAGAGAGGGACGGGAGAAAACCCCCCACUACCACCGAACAGAGGACGGCUUCAUCAGAAUCGGAACGUUCCAAAACGGGAUAGCGGAGGGGGAGGUGGACCCUACCUUCGGGCCCCUGGAGGCCCUUCGUCUCUCGGUGAUGACGGACUCGCCGGUUUGGGUUAUCCUCAGUGAGAUCUUCAUCAAGAAAGCGGAGUGACCCCUCCUCCGCCACCCCCGCCCCCAACCCGACUAACCCACCCACCCAAAGCAAUACCUCAGAUAGCCACAGACCGUUCUGCUCUGCCGAACGGAGCCUUGACAGCAGCCGGCCAGACUCUCACCCCCCCCCCCCCCCACACCCCCCGGCCUGUCUGCUGACGACUAUCUCCCACCGCGGUACGAGGACUCCUUCCGCUGGGCAAACCUCGCUACUGCAGGGUUGGAAAAGACGGACAAACGUGAGAGGGACACAAAGACGGGGUGCUCCCAGAUAUCUAGAGCAGCCGGCCCGGGGAGCUCUCCCAACAACACGCCUGGAGCGCGUGCGAGAAGAAGAAGAAGACGAAGGAGACGAAGAAGAAAAACGACACAGAGAUAAUAACUUUAGACAGAAUGCUGUAUUUAGUAAAAAGAAUAAAUCUGUAUUUAUGUGUACAUAAGGUGUAUGUUGAAAACACUGGUAAUUGUCAACUGGCUGUGACAAGAUUGCCGCCUUCUUUUCUUUUCUUUUUUUGGGAUCAAUUUCUGAGAAUGAAAUCGCCGUUCUUUAAAUCGAGGACUCGGCCUCAUACAGUCCUCGGCGAGCUGACCGACCCCCUCCGCGUGGAAAAAGACAACGCGCCGGCAAAUUACCCCACAAAUAUACUCUCACGAUAACCCGUGUAUGUGGAUAUA